UGUGUAAUAUGUAUCUAUUUUUUAUGUAAUUUGAAGUACAAUUUCAAUUUUUGUAGAUGAAUUCAAUUGCGGAUAAUUAACCCAAAAUAAAUAAACAUUAUAAUUUUUUUAAGAAUAAUGAGAUAAGAACCUAUAAUAAUUCAAGUACCAAGUCUUAUAAAACAAUUAUUUUCAUGAUAAUGUAAGUAAUAAUGCUUCAUAGUGCACCUACGCUUAUACUAAUUAUAACGGAGCGGCGGGUGUAGAUAGGUGAGGCUCCCCUGAAAUCGGCGAGGGUUGAGGGAGAUGGAGAAUAUUCGCACAAAAGCUUGAUAUUCAAUUGACUGCAAACCGUGAUCCGGCACUGUGCAAACCAUUGCAUUCGUUAGUGCAUGUGUCGUUCGUGUUUCCGAAAUUUUAACUGGUAAGUAAUAAUUUCGAUAUCAUGACAAAUAUGGAUACCUGGAAAGUAGAAGUACAAGCUUUUGCUGUGGAUUUUUUAAAUUGGACCAUAGUACUCACAUGUUUAUUUUUAAAAGUGCCACAAAUCUUUCACUUAAAGAACAAGCGGCCAAGUGAAAUUAAAGGCUUAAGUCUUCAAGCUAUUGCAAUGGAAAUUGUUGGAUACUCUAUAAUGGCAUUGUAUAACUUUAAAAAUAAGUACACAUUAAAUACUUAUCUGGAAUACUUAGCUCUACUGAUUCAGGAGUAUAUAAUGUUGUUUUAUGUACUAAGAGCUAAAGGACAUCUGGCUAACAAGUACACAUCAAUAACUGCUGUCAUAUAUAUUGUAUCCGUAUCUGCAUUCUUGAUUGAAAUAAUACCUAUGGAGACCCUUAACUAUCUUGUUCCACUAUGUUUGCCUUUGAGUGGUGUUGCUAAGGUAACUUACAUUGUGGGAAUGAUCAGGGCUUCAAAUUCAGAUGCUAUAUCAAUGGAAACUUGGGCUAUGUCAGCUUUAACUAAUGCUGGUCGCUUUUUCACUGUUUUCAUGGAUUCCGCGGACAAGCACCUGUUACUUAAUUAUUCAGUCUCGGUGAUAUUGAGUAGUGCCGUAUUGGGAACAGCGGUCUAUUAUCAACUGCAGGUGCAAACACCUAUGAUUGCAACUCGCCGUCGUGAGCCAUCUGUGCGUCGUCACUACCACGUCGAUUAAGGCAAAAAUACAAGCGAUCGAAAUUGAAUUGUAACGAUAUUAGGUCAAUAGUCUGUAGCUAUAAUAAUGCAAUCGUCGUUUAUGUAUAAUAAAUAAAAUGAUCUGUUUUUUUACUUUAUUGAUUAACGAAACGUACAAUGUGUUGUUAAAAAUAUUUCCUUUAGGAACUAGUUUAUGUUGGUAAGCUCUACAUUUUAUGAAUAGCCGCUUUCGUUAGGGUGUUUUAUUUGUUACUAUUAUUAUAGUUUAUUAAUUAUUGCUCAUGUUAUAUAAAAGACAUUUACAUAUACCUACUAUUGUAUGAGAUUUUAUAUGAUUUUUAAAAGUACAAUUGUAUAUCGAGUUUUUUACCAAGACUAGUCAAAACUCGAAUUUAAUAUUGGUUAAAAGUUUGUCUCGAUUAUUAUUUAAGUUCUGGGUAAAAUAAUAUAAUAUGCAGUGUUUAAAAUUGUAUUAUCUUUCUAGAGUUUAUAGCUAUAUAACUAGUCAUAUAGGUAGUACAAUAAUUUAAAAAAAUAUACCUUUUAUGCAUUUAUUUACUUUUCAAUGGAAUUUGUUAUGAGUUUUUGAAAUGUAUUUUAUGUGUCUUGCCUUUUUCCUUAAGUGUAGCAUCAUUGGCGCUAUAAAUAAAUAUUCGGCUCUAUAACUGUAGAAAGAAAAUUUAUAAUAUUAAUCUAUGUAAAACAGAUCGAUAGAAAUAUAUGUUGGCACGCUUCAAUAAA